CACUGUACUGUAGUUCUUGCUUGAACAAAAUUGAAGUGAAGAAAACAAGAGCGAAAAGUUGUUUUCUUCGCAAUGUUCUAAAUACUCUCUAUUUCAGUGCUUUAGGCAUUGUUAUGAUAAUGUUAUUAACAAAUUUGUGAUGCGCAUAUAACGUUUGCAAGCAUUGAAUAAAAAUGGAUGAAAAAGAAGAGUUGCAUCUAACCUCUCAAGAGUUACAAGUUCUUUCUGAGCUUGACAGCCGACAAUUUGGAUUCCUGAAGUUACGUGGAACUGAACAUGUCAGGACUAGGGCUCUUGUCCUCAAGGCUGUCAAAUACCUUGAGGGAAUGCUGGUGCAAGUUAAGGAAGAAGAAAGAGCGUGUUCACCUGGUGCUAGAAGAGAUAUUUGUAUAGAUCCAAAAACUUAUUGUAAACUGGGACAUUUCCAUCUUCUCUUGGAAGAUUAUGCUAAAGCUAUGUCAGCAUAUCAGAAGUUUUAUGCAUUGGAGCCAGAUAAUUGGAAAGAUCCUCUAUUUUUAUAUGGCUUGGGUCUUUGCUACUACCAUUAUAAUGCUUUUGGAUGGGCUACAAAGGCGUUGCAGAUGGCACUAUACGUGUCUCCGGGGUUCUCUCGGGCUGCGGACGCUCACCUGCGGCUGGCGCUGAUGUUCAAAGCACGUCGGCACUGGGGCUCCGCUGCCGUGCACUUCAGGAGAGCGAAGCUAGCACCGAAUCAAGAUGCUACCUUCAACCGCUUGGAGCUAAGCUUCCACGCGGCCCACCUUCUUGAAGCGAGGGGACUCCGGAAGUCAGCCAGAGAUGCCUAUGAAAGAUUACUAAAGGAGCCGCAACUAUCUCCCUCUUUGAAAGCCGAUGUAUGCCGACAGUUAGGUUGGCUGUACCACCGGUGUAUUUCUCUGGGGGAGACUGGGGCGCGCGCUCGUGCUGCCAUCUGGUGCCUGCAGCGGGCGGUGGCGGCGGAACCCGACUCCGGCGCUGGACUGUACCUUUUGGGAAGGUGCUACGCGGCCCAGGGCAAGGUCCAUGACGCUUUCAUCGUGUAUAGAAACUCUGUGGAGAAGUCUGAAGGAAAUGCUGACACGUGGUGCUCUAUAGGGGUCCUCUACCAGCAGCAGAAUCAGCCAAUGGAUGCCUUACAAGCGUACAUUUGCGCGGUGCAGCUUGACAAGGGUCAUUCUGCGGCGUGGACGAACUUGGGGAGUUUGUAUGAGAGCUGUCAGAUGCCCAGGGACGCGUUCGCCUGCUAUACCAACGGUGGGACUGCGGCGACAGCGAACAACGCUUCGUUGAGACAAAGACUAGCGUUCUUGAGGGCGCAUUUGGCACACGCGCCGAUGCCUUCGGUUACCGGCAAGCGUCGCCAACUACCCUCAAUUGAAGAAGCGUGGAAUCUCCCGAUUUCGGCAGAGAUGUCGUCGCGGGCGCCUAAGGCGGCCCCCCCUCCGUACCCCGGCGCCCGCGACUCCCCCCCGCCCCUCACCCCGCACCAGCUGCAAACCCUGCAGCAUCUGCAGAGGAAUGCCCACAACUUGUCGCCGCCGCAACAAGUAAUAAUGCAGCAGCUUUUAUCCCAGUAUCGGUUAGCGCAAGCUGCGAGAGCGCGUGCGGUGGCCAAAAGCGAAAGCAACGCGACCGGCGGUGACAACGCGGAGUCACUCGCCGAAGACUUAUUGAAGAGGUUUUCAGAUACACAACCUGAGAUCAAGAAAGAACCCGUAGCUGAGAAUGCAACAGCAUCGUCCGGCAACGAGGCGGUGUUGGGCGGCCGGCAGCCGGUGGUCAAGCUGGAGCCGCUGAAGACGGACCCGCUCAAGCCGGUCACGUUCAACAUCGGCAUGAGCUCUAAGCAGAUCCUCGAUGCUUGCAAAGAGAAUGCUGGUCCGCCAACGUCGUGGUCAGUGCUGGGAGAUGGCUGCGGUCCCCCCGAGCCCCCUUCGGUGCCCCCUCCGCGUCUCUCCGCCGAGCAGCUGGCGCCCCCCGCGCCCUUCGUCUACGUCGAAUCCAAGCGCGACGCCUUCUCCCCGCAGCUCCAGGACUUCUGCCUGAAGCAUCCCAUCGCCGUCGUUCGCGGCCUCACCGCCGCCCUCAAACUAGACCUUGGUCUCUUCUCUACCAAAACCUUGGUCGAAGCUUGGCCCGAUCACGCUGUGGAGGUACGCACCCAACUGAUGCAAUCUGCGGACGAAAACUGGGACCCAACCGGGCGGCGUCGAGUCUGGGCUUGUGCGUCUCACCGCUCGCACACCACCGUGCGCAAGUACGCGCAAUACCAAGCCGGGUCCUUCCACGAGUCUCUGCGCGAGGAGCGCGAGCGGGGAGUGGCGCCGCUGGCGGCCGGCGGCGCGCUGUCGGACUCCGACGGCCGCGAGUCGGGCUCCGGCCCGGCCAAGCGGCGCCGCGGCGCGCGCAUGCUGCGCUUCGGAACCAACGUCGAUCUCUCCGACGAGCGCAAGUGGCGCCCCCAACUCACCGAGCUCCAGAAACUGCCGGCAUUCGCGCGCGUCGCGUCCGCCGCCAACAUGUUGUCCCACGUCGGCCAUGUCAUCCUCGGCAUGAACACGGUGCAGCUGUACAUGAAGGUGCCCGGCAGCCGCACGCCCGGCCACCAGGAGAACAACAACUUCUGCUCGAUCAACAUCAACAUAGGGCCCGGGGACUGCGAGUGGUUCGGCGUACCCGACGCCUACUGGGGCGGAGUCCGCGAGUUGUGCGAGAGACACGGCCUCUCAUACUUGCACGGCUCGUGGUGGCCGGACCCGGAGGAGUUGCGAGCGCACGGGGUGCCCGUGUACCGGUUCACGCAGAGGCCCGGCGACCUGGUGUGGGUGAACGCGGGCUGCGUGCAUUGGGUGCAGGCCACCGGCUGGUGCAAUAACAUCGCCUGGAACGUGGGCCCGCUGACCGCGCGCCAGUACUCGCUCGCACUCGAGCGCUAUGAGUGGAACAAGGUGCAGAACUUCAAGUCCAUCGUGCCCAUGGUGCACCUGACGUGGAACCUGGCGCGCAACAUCCGCGUGUCGGAUCCGCGGCUGCACCGUGCCAUGCGCACGUGCCUGCUGCAGACGCUGCGCGCGGCGGCCGGCACGCUGGCGGCCGUGCGCGCGCGCGGCGUGGCCGUGCGCUUCCACGGGCGCGCCAAGGGCGAGGCGUCGCACUACUGCGGCGUGUGCGAGCGCGAGGUGUGGCACGCGCUGCUGGUGCGCGAGCACGAGCGCCGGCACGUCGUGCACUGCGCGCCGUGCGCGCGCCGCGCCAGCCCCGCGCUGCAGGGUUUCCUGUGCCUGGAGGAGCACCACGUGGAGGAGCUGGCGCACGUGUACGACAACUUCACGCUGCACCGCGCGGCGCCGCCCGCGGCCGCCGCUCUGCUGCCGCCCGCGGGCACUCCGGAUUGAACCGGACGAGAGCGGCGAGGGCCCUCGCUCGGGUGUCGACGUACCUGUAUUUAUUUCGCGUGAGAGUGUAUAUUUUCAGGUGAGAACGAGAUGUUUAUUGUAAUUAAUUUAUCGAAUUGUUUCCGGUCGUGUGUAAGUGUAGAUUAAUUAUUCGUAGAUUCGUUUUCAUUGGCACUUCUUCGCGUUUCCAUUGCAGUAUUAGACGCUAGCUAGUUCGGCUGAAGUUUUUGAAAGUCGUUGUUGACCAAAUUUAACCGUAAGCGUUACGAGAUGAUCGCGAUCUAUUUUUAAUACGACGCGUAAUUUUAAAUUGUCUGACGAGGUAUUUUAAUGAUAAUAUGUAAUUUUGUAAUAUGAAAUUUUUUACAAUAGCUAUACUUCCUCCUCGAUCACUUUUGUAAUUGUUGAGAUAAAGAUAAAAUUGAAGUCAAUUGUUGAAUAUUAAGCCGAUUUUGUACGCGAAUAAGAAUCGAUAGACGGUGUCCACUAUGCCUAUACAAUAGUGGUCUAGUGUAAGUUGCGUGGCGCGGCGAGUCCGCGCCGAGGUCUCAAGUGCUCAGGUGUUCACCACGAUAUAAAUGUGUUAUUUUUGUAUAGAGUCAUAUUUAUUUAUUUUUCUGUGACGCCUUUAGUUUCACUUUAGUAGAUUCCUAGUAAAUAGUAGAGUAAGGACGCACGGAUUGAGGCUCUGCGUUUUAGCAGAGUGGUGAACAGUGCUGCAUUGUCCCAAAGAAUGUUAUACUCGUGUAGGCAAAUUACUGAUAGAAAUUGUACGAAGCGUUUUUCUACAGGCCACGGAUUUGUAACGGUGGGUGGUGAUUGGCGUGAGUUCCGCCUAUGCAUUGCACUGAGGAUGUAGUUUACUUACACAAUCUAGUCGUUGCAAAUACGCGGCCUUCUCGUCUCAUUACUGUCUGAACUGUAUUCGGAAUCUGACAUUUGUUAUCUAAAUUGAAUGUGUUCUUUCGUCUGAAAAAUAUGAAUUAAAAUUAGUCAUUAUAGAAAAAUGUUUCUUGGAUUGGUGUAAAUUAGAUGGAUUAGGCGUUGGAGUAAGCUCACGGUUGGCAGUCGCGGGACGACUCGCUCUUGACACUGUCGUUUGUUAUUUAUAUUGAAGAUUUAUUGAUGUUUUGUAGCAGGUUUACGGCACAAGCCUUGCGUCUUUCGGACCAAUGAUAUUAAGACUGGCCUAGACUACUUAUCCUCAUCAUGUUAUGAGCGGGAUAAGUUAUUGUUUAGUAGUGUAUAAUGUUUUGGCAUCUAUUUCAAAUCUAUAUUUUGGACCAAGAUUUAUGCAAGGGUUGUGCUGUGAAACUUGUUUUAGUGAGAUUUCAAUGUUGGUUAUAUUGCUUUCUAAAGUGUCAAAAGUGAGUCUGGUUGGCGAAGAGGGAUGGUUUCGGGUUUGUAUAUGCGAAUGCCGAUAAUUUUAAGUAUAAUAACAUCACUGCCAUGUAUUGACCUUACUGUUUAUACUGUAAUAUUACAUUUUUAAUAAAGAAAGUAAGGUACAUAA